AUGACGAGUGAUCACUACCAACUCGCCCGCGGGAGAGUGUCACGCCGCAUGGAUCUGGGAAAGGAGCGCGUGGACUUCAUGACGCCGGUGUUUCGGCAGGGCGUACGGGCUGUCGGUGGGAAUACCAAUGAUGGAGGCGGUCAGGGCCAACGAGGGCACGACUGUGGAGGCAGUCGGGUCGACCCUUUUCACUGCUCCUCAUUCGCCGGCACCGAGACCGUCGGCACCACCCGAGCGGGCAUCACCCCCCAUCUCGUCCACUUCGCCCACGGUCCCGCACACCCCUGCAACCGGAUAUCCGCACCCCGUUCCCCGCCGAGGAUCCGAGCAUCUCCAUCGCCCGCCGUCACGGACCUUGCAUACCUCGAUGCCGUUCGUCCACGAGGGCCAUCCGCCUCUGCAACCCCGUCCCCGAGGGCAUCCGCCGCAACCCCGCCCCGCCGGCGAUCCCGUCCGCGGUGUCUACCCCCCCCCGCCGGCACUCCCGUCUCGGGUCCAUCCGUGGUCCAUCAACAAACAACCCAACCAACUCUUCUGCACCCCGGAAGCCUUUUCGUCCCGGAGCGCUGGCUUCCCCGAGAGUUCGAUGACGGCUCCGGAGGCGGGGAUGGAGAGUGA